AUGCCAUCCCGAGGGAAGGAGCACCCUCUCCCAGACCCGGAGAGGUAUAUAAGGCAGACCAACCGACCCGGAAACCGCAGAAAGUUACCUCUAGCGAUGGAGCAACUAGACGCGUUACUAUCAGCACCAGCUGACGACGACGAGGAGUUCGAGAAACUGUGGGCACAAGCCAUGGCCACAGCUACGCAACAGCCGGACUUAUUCCCGCCGACCCCCAACCACCGGGCGUCCAGAGCCGCACCGCUGCCGACCGCCAGCUCAUACGGAGUACCCGUACGGUCAUCUGGGGCAGCUCCAAUCCAAAGGCGCAGGAAACCAGUCGCUAGCGUCCGAGCGCCGCCGCAUGCCCUCAUCGAGGCAGCCACGAAAUUGGUGCCCCGCCCGCAGCCGGCCCAACCAGCCUGUCACAGACCAAAAAGCGCACCGGUCGUCGGAGUACGAGUGCAGCGAUCCUCCGCUGUCAACGCGAGGAAACUGGCGGCGCUCUUGACCGAGCCACCGUCGCCGCUAAGCCGACCCCGCGCACCAACGAGCAGAAAAACGACGCCGGCAGCCAUCUCGGCCACGCCGGCCGACGACCCCGACGGGAAGGUGCAGUACUCUGCGGCUACCGCGCCGAAAGACCGGGACCGGCCGAAGAAGCCAGUACCACCUCCACACCACCCGACGGCACGACAAAAGGCUAGGGCAACCCUACUGGCCGUAUUCGGCGGGACCCUUUCCGAUCUAGAGGAAGAGGACCACGCACCCGUCACCGCCUCCAUCACCACGCAACCAGACAGCGACACGAGACCGGUGACCACCGAACGAGCGAUUCCGCCAUCCGCCCCGUCAACCCAGCCAGCCGCCCUGUCAACCCAGCCAGCCGCCGCUGCCAACGCCAACGAGGAAGGGUCACAAACACCAGCCACUCCAAAGGACACGCCAACAUCCACGAUCCGUACUCCCGUGGCCACCACACCGCGAUCCCUUCCGUCCGUACCGGUACGCGUCAAUGACGAUCUAAUUAUACAUGUGCCGUACCACGCCGCGAGAGUGUCGCGAGUGUAUAAAGUGCGGUUGGCGACACGCCGCUACACGUUGCGUUUCGAUCGCACCGGGCGUUGCCACUACGUGCGGGAAUUCCCGGCGUAG